AUGAUAAAUAGGUUGAAAAUAAUCAUAAAGCCACAGAAUCAAAAUUUAGAUUUGGAAGUUGAAUAAUCUAUUUUAGUUGAGGAAUUAUUUCAAUACAUAUAGACCUCUUUUAAGUACUGUUAUUUUAUGAAGUAGAAUUGAUAAUGAUUUGAAAAAUUGGAAAUGUUAUUCUGAAUCAAAAGGCAUGUAUUUAGAUGUUAAGAGUUAAUUAGGAAAUGUCGAUAAUGACAAGUUAAUCAUCAAUACUUAACAUUUUUCAAAUACUCACACUAGAAGGCAUCAAGAUUAAUAGUCAAUAAAUAAUCAACAUUUUCAAACUCCAUAAUAAUAAAUCAAUAAUCAAUAUUAAUAAAAAAAUAAAAAAUAAGACUAAAUUUAUUCACAUGUAUUUAAUGAAAUUCCAAAUCCAAAUAACAAAUCCAAUUAAGUGUCUAUUAAUUUUGAAAUAAUAUGUGGAAAUUUUAAAAGAUAAUUCUCAAGAUAUUUUAAUAUACAUGAUGAUUUAAAUAAAUUAAAAAGAAAAGUGAUGAAAUAUUUAGGAUAUUCAAGGUAUUUUAUAUUUUUAUCAUAAGUGAUGCAGUUUAUUGUUAGCUAAUUAUAUUUUAAAGGGUUAUGAGUCCUUAACAUUUUGAAAAAUCACUAGAUAUGUUAUCGAUUAAAAAUAAUACGACAGUUUAAGUUCGAUUAGGAUGGCUUUGA